AUGGCUGCCAUUAUACCAGAAGACCAUAUCUUACCAGCAUACGACGACCUACGUCUUUCCAUCACCCACGGCCCUGCUGACAAGCCACUUCUUGAUUUUAAGCUUGCUGAUUUCCUCGACUUUCAGUGUCAUGAGUUCGGUCUCCAGGAGUGCUUGGUGAUACCGUGGACCGGUGCAAGAUGGACCUACGACUUCCUGAAGCAGGAGAGCGUCAUGCUCGCAAAAGCUAUGGCAGCUCAUGGGAUUCGACCUGGUGACCGAGUCGGUAUCAUGGCAGGCAAUUGUGAGCAGUAUGUCGCGGUCUUCUUCGCGUGCAUGAGAGUAGGAGCCAUUCUGGUCAUUCUUAACAACACUUACACCAUGUCGGAAGAUACCUAUGCCCUCGAAUUUACUGAAUGCCGCAUGUUCUUCACCACACCCACGAUUGGUCGCCAUGACAAUCACCGACUGCUCAGUGCCCUGGCACAAAAGGGCAGGACCGAAGAUGUGGUUAUCCUUCGAGGCUUCUCAGGAGAUUUCGUGCCCUACAUCAGCUUGAUUGAGAAAGGAGCCUCUAUGGACGAUCUCCUCCUCAACGAUCUCAACACACGCUUUAGCAACCACGAUGUGUGCAACUUACAGUUCACAAGUGGUACGACCGGCCAUCCAAAAGCAGCAAUGCUGACCCAUCAUUCCAUCCUCAACAACAGUCGGUUUAUUGGCGAUCGUCUGAAUCUCACUGACGAAGAUGUACUUUGUUGUCCGCCGCCCCUCUUCCACUGCUUUGGCCUGGUCCUCGGUCUACUGGCAACAAUUACCCAUGGUGGCAUAAUAGCAGGCGCACCUGUUCCUCGACACUUAAUGGAACUGCUCGUCCACGAAUUUGGCAUGAUUGAAUUUACCUCCAGUUAUGGACUAACUGAAGCUUCCCCGACCUGUUUCAAUGCAUAUCAUACCGACGGUAUCCGCAAAAAGUUGACCACUGUGGGCAGCCCGAUGCCAUAUUUGCACGCCAAGAUCGUAGACCGUUUCGGUCGAGUUGUACUGAUUGAAACACGUGGUGAGCUCUGCAUAGCAGGAUACCAACUGCAGAAAGGAUACUGGAACAACCAAAGCAAGACCGACGAAGUAAUGAUUCGGGAUGAGAACGGUGUGCUCUGGCUACACACUGGUGACGAAGCGGUGAUGCACGAAGACGGUAGCGUAACAAUAACAGGCCGAUUCAAAGACAUCAUCAUCCGAGGCGGAGAAAACAUCUACCCUCUGGAAAUCGAAGAAAGACUGGUACAGCACCCCGACAUAGAGCGUGCGAUUGUCGUUGGCGUCAAUCACAACCGAUACGGAGAAGUAGUAGCCUGUUUCCUACUACGAUCUCCAAUGUCAAUUCAAAUUGAUUCGACAACGCCCGCAUCCGCUGUCAGCGAAGCUAUAGAGCGUGGCGAGCCCGAGGCCGCUACACAGUCGAUCCUCAAAGCGUCAUCCUUAUCAUCGCCGAGACAAAACAGCCUAGAUGACGAGCAGGUCCGUGACUGGGUCCGACAGACGCUCGGAAGACAUAAAGCUCCCGCGUAUGUAUUCUGGCUGGGUGAAGGUAACGUGCCUGCAGACGUGCCAUUGACAGGAAGUGGCAAGGUGAAAAAGUAUGAGAUGAAGAAGCUGGCGGAGAAGGUUAUUGCCAGGAGGGAAGGUGCUAAAAUGUGA